UAUGCUCAUAGAGCUGCGGUCAUUACAGCAGUACAGCAUCAUCACCGUCUGUGUGCAGCAUCCCAGACAGGUAUAGAGAGUACAGACUAAGCUCUAAAGACAGACACGAAGACUUUUUUAAGUAAGACAAAUCAGAUUCAAAACUGAGACCAUGACGCAGGGAAAGGUUUCAGUGACGAACAAGUCAAACAAUGACUCAGAUGUUCAGCCGAUGGCUUCAGGUCCUCCAAGUUAUGAGGAGGCAACUGCUGGUGGAAGCCCUUGUUAUAGCGGAGCUUAUCCUGGAGAUAGUGAGAUGCUCACAGAAUUCAGCUGGGAUGACCAAAACAUCAGGAGGAUAUUCAUCCGCAAGGUGUACACCAUCCUGAUGCUCCAGCUAUCUGUCACAGCAGCCUUUGUGGCUCUUUUCAUUUUCUGCGAACCUGUGAAGUAUUACAUACAGGCCAACCCUGGCUGGUAUUGGGCAUCAUAUGUAGUGUUUUUUAUCACAUAUCUGACCCUAUCCUGCUGCCGUGGACCCCGGAGGCAGUUCCCAUGGAAUCUGAUUCUGCUUGUCAUCUUUACUCUGUCUCUGUCUUACAUGACAGGAAUGUUGUCCAGCUACUACAAUACUAAAUCUGUCAUCAUCUGCCUGGGAAUUACUGCCUUGGUGUGUCUUGCUAUUACCAUCUUUAGCUUCCAAACCAGGAUUGAUAUUACUUCAUACCAAGGCGUGCUGCUAAUCUUCUGCACAGUAUUGUUUAUUUGUGGACUUGUCCUGGCAAUCAUCCUGCCCUUUGGAUACGUUCCAUGGUUGCACGCUCUGUACGCUGCCUUGGGAGCAAUAUUGUUUUGCAUGUUCCUGGCAUUUGACACACAGAUGCUGAUGGGGAAAAAGCAAUACACAAUAAGCCCCGAGGAAUACAUCUUUGCCACCCUCAGCUUAUACCUGGACAUUGUUUACAUCUUCUCUUUCAUUCUCCAGUUGUUUGGAACUCCUGAACGGGAGUGAAUGUGCUGUUUAAGCUCUAACAGCUUCAGCUCUAACUGUCUUUCCAGUGUGAUCCUGUCUUUCCAGCAUGAUAUGGAUCUUCAGUGCACGCUGUUGUGUUUAAGCCCCUCACCUCAGCUUCUACCAUGUGCCAUGCGUUCAUCCUGUAGCGUGAAGGAGGUCUUGCAUAUACAUUGCGUACAUACACUGUUAAAACUUUAACAACAUUCAGCAAGUUUUACAAACAGUGUCAUAGAAAACAAAACCGAAAAUAGAAACGCACUGAUGUCAACUGUGAAACCUACAUGAUGUCAUUAGCAUGAAAUAGAGCACAAACACCAUCACAUUGAGGUGAAACUGUGUAGUAGGAUUUAUCCAUCAAUAUCCACCGCUUUCCUCUUUGUGUCUGGUCCUGCAAAAGACUCAUAUGUAAUAUCACAGCAUGAGGACAUUUAAAAAAAAAUCAAUCUGAGCAACUAGAUAUUGUGAUGAAUAUUUUCAUAAAAUAGUGGCUGGCUGGGUUUUUUGAGUGCGCAUACGGUUUGCAAUCAAAGUAAAAUGUACAUUUCUGAGUUCAUUUGUUCAAAUUUGAUUUAAAUGAUCUGUUUCAAUUUGAAUCUAGCAUAAUAUUCCAUAUGCUUGGAAUUUUCUAUUUGGCGAUUUUCACUGCCAUUGUAAGAUAUGCUUUUUGAGCAUUAUUUAUUUUGUUUAGGCUUAUAUGUGUUCUUUAAUUUGAGUUGUUUCAUUCCAGAGGAGUAUUAAUGUAUUAUCAUAGCACAGAUCUAUUUUUGAAGAAAAUGAUUUGAAAUGAUUUUGAAUGUGUACAUAGAUUUACAGUGUUCACUAAAAAAUUGCAAAAUAACUAGCUGGAGUUAAACAAAAUGCAGUGCUUUAUAUUAGAUAUUUUUCCUGUUUGUGGCCUUUACAGUAGAGACAGUGUAUGACUAAUAAAUGGAAUUUAUUAAAAUGUAUUGAAUUUGAAAUUAUUAAAUGGCAAUUUAUGUUUCAGUUGCUGAAAAAAAUAUGCAUUUCCUCUAGGAGGUUAAUUAGAGUAAACAAAUGUGAAUGUUCUUGAAUUUCUCUGAAAACACAAAUAUAAAUAAAUU